AUCAUGUAUCGAAAGCAGAUAGGUUAAUUUUUAACUCCUGCCGGCUGUAUUUCCGGCUCUGACUUGCUGAAGCUGGAACUGUUGAGUGUGGGCUUAUUUGUCUCUUCAUUUUAGCUAGACCAUGUCGCUAGGAACUUGUAAGUUUUUUGUGUUUGGUUUGUGCAUAGUCGUGUUGCUUGUUGUACAGAAGAGCAGAGGGAAUUUAGCGACGAAUGGAGCGAAUGUUUGCUCCAAAACCGUAAGCUUCAUUGAAAACUACCAACAGUCCUAUCAAGUCUCGCAAAGAAAACGAUCAACUUAUAAAUGUGGAUUUUGGAAUUUCAAACGAUGUUCCCGAUACAGGACUGUUUACAGGACCAAUUAUCGAACAGCUACGAGAACAUCCUACAGAAAACAAUACCAAUGCUGUAAGGGAUGGAGUCAAGUGGGAAAUCAGUGUACCAAAGCUAUUUGUACUCAGCCUUGUGUGAAUGGCACGUGUACCAAACCAGACUACUGCUCUUGUAACUCAGGUUACUAUGGAAAACUGUGCGAAAGAGACUGUCCUUCACAUAAAUGGGGACCACACUGCAGACAUUACUGUCUCUGUCAAAAUAACGCUAAAUGCUCUCCCCACACUGGUAUGUGUACGUGUACCCCAGGGUGGGAGGGACAGUACUGCAACAAGACAUGUGACCAAGGUUACUAUGGUGACAAAUGUCAACACGAAUGUAUGUGUCUUAAUGGAGCGGCAUGUGACCCUGUUAAUGGUAACUGCACAUGCGCAGCUGGAUAUCAAGGACAGCAUUGUGAAUCAGAAUGUUCUCGUGGUUGGUAUGGACAGGAUUGUGCAGUGAAAUGCGGAUGUCUGAACGGAGCUUCGUGUGAUCACGUGAACGGCACGUGUAACUGUACAGCUGGAUGGACGGGAGACAUCUGUAACCAAAAGUGUCCCGAUGGUACAUAUGGAUACCGCUGUGCACAAACAUGUCUAAACUGUUUGCAUGGUGCAACGUGUGAUCACGUGACUGGUGUAUGUGACUGCAGGCCUGGUUACAGAGGAAAGAGAUGUGAAGAUCUUUGUGAAGAAGGAACAUAUGGUCACAACUGCCAUGACAAAUGCGCAUGUCAGAACAAUGGCACUUGUUCACCGAUAGAUGGUUUCUGUAACUGCACCUCUGGAUAUAAGGGCAAGUUUUGUGAAAAACAGUGUGCAGGCGGGGCCGGAGGUCUUGGAUGUAAAGUACAUUGUAAUUGCACAAAAAGGGGAACCUGUAAUCCAUUCACUGGGGAGUGCGYCUGUCAGCCUGGAUACAUUGGUGAUGAUUGUGGUACACAAUGCCCAGAUGGAAAAUAUGGUCCAGGAUGCAACGCGUCCUGCAGAUGUCAGAACAAUGCAACAUGUAGCAAGGUGGAUGGAUCAUGUGACUGUCUACCGGGGUGGACUGGUGUUGAGUGUAACAAUCCAUGUCCGGCUGGUUACUUUGGGAAAAACUGUCAAUCAAAGUGCUUAUGUCAGAAUGAUGCAUCAUGUGACCCCGUGACAGGACAUUGUAUAUGCGUGGGGGAGUGGCAGGGGGAACUGUGCGACAUCAAAUGUAAGGAUUGGACAUGUGGUGUAGGAUGUAAAAAUCAAUGUAACUGUAAUACGACACUAACUGACAGAUGCCAUGCUUUAUCAGGAUUCUGUUUUUGUAAGGAUGGCUAUACCGGUGACUCAUGCGACAAAAAAAUUGUAUGCGGAAUUGGUCGCUAUGGCAAAGAUUGUAAAGAGAAAUGCAGUUGCAAUAAUAAUCUCUGUGACGUAAUAACGGGUGUAUGUAACUGCCCAAUUGGGUAUUCAAGACCGGAUUGCAUGAAAUGUUCAGAAGGUAGUUACGGCUAUGAAUGUCAAUCUAUUUGUCAAUGUGCGAAUGGUGCUACGUGUGAUUACGUGACUGGGGUCUGCUCGUGCACAGCCGGUUGGUAUGGUACUCUUUGUAAGCAAGGGUGCCCAAAGGGAACGUUUGGCCUGAACUGCAACAGUACUUGUACUUGUCAGCACCAGUCAUCGUGUGAUCACGUGACCGGUGCUUGCCUGUGUUCACCAGGAUGGACGGGGAACCAAUGUGAAAAAGCUUGUGAGCAAGAUUUUUAUGGUCGAGACUGUGUAUCAGCCUGCCAAUGUUAUAGAGAAAACACAGCGUCUUGUGAUCACGUGAAUGGCGCAUGCUACUGUAAACCGGGAUGGACUGGACGCGAGUGCACCUUGUUUUGUCCACAGGGUACAUACGGCAAUAACUGUACAUCCAAGUGUAGCUGUAGAUCAACAAAUACUCUUGAAUGUAACCACAUGACCGGAGCGUGUACCUGCAAUGAUGGAUAUACUGGUGAACGGUGUGAAAAAGAAUGUCCUGUCGGUACAUUUGGGUUCAAUUGCAGAGAAAAAUGUCAAUGUCGAAGUGAAACCAUGCUUAGUGUAUGUGAUCACGUGACGGGCACCUGUUACUGUAAACCCGGUCUUCAAGGUGCUUACUGCAACGAAACAUGUCCUGUUGGUACGUAUGGACAAGGCUGUUCACAUUCCUGUAAGUGCAUGAAUAACGCCACGUGUGACAUAGUUGAUGGCAAUUGCACGUGUUUGCCAGGAUAUGGCGGGAAAUACUGCGAAGAACUGGAAGCGUCUCCCUCAUCGGAUCCUAGUGGUUUUUCUGGACAACAAGGUGGUGACGGUGGCUCGACUACUAUUAUAUCCGCUGUCAUUGCCGUUGCAAUAUUGUUACUCGUGAUUAUGAUUGUACUUGGUUUGGUGUAUUGGAGAAUAAAGCGCAGAAAUCCAGCUGGAGGAGUAGGGAAAAGGUUAACUGCAAGAAAAUUAAUCCCUUCGCGCUGCAAGGGAAGGAAUGAUCGAGAUUCCGUGAGCCAUCAAGAUCCAGCGGACAUCGCCAUGAAUCCAAUCUAUGACAGUGCCACAGAGACAAAACCAAAGAGCCACACCAACACUUCUGUUACGAAUCCAAAUUACGACAUGACGAUUGCUACACAGGCUCGUAUAGCGUCGAACAAUAACAGUGCAUCACCCACUGAAGCAACGGAUAAUCCCCUGUACGAGUCCUCUACAGACGCCGUGGCUCAGGGAGGAAACCCUAUAUACGAGAGUUACACAGACCAGGAACAGAACCCUCUCUAUGAAACUGGGCCUGAGCCGUUUUCAGCUCCCUCUGCGUGCCCUAGAGGAAUGAAUCCAAUAUAUGAUGGAGUCCCAGAAGAUUACUGCGGUGGGGGGACCGUAGAUACAGGAGCAAAUCCUGUGUACGAAGCUGGCUUUAACAGCGAAGAAAUGGACAAUGGUGCAGAUUCGCGCUUCAAUCCCAUUUACGAAAUGAGUGAAGUCAUCGGAACUCAAGCCAAUAAGAUACAAGCCGUAGAUCCUAUCUAUUCUGACGCAGGUGAUCCUGAUUACGACAACGUCACUACCGGAAGCAGCAGAACCGGAAAUGAUGUGGAUAUGAACCCUUUAUACGAAGCAACAAGUGAUGUACAGUCAGAUUGUCGUGAGCGGAAACCGCGGGGUUUUUCUCUAAACCGCAGCGAGGCUGCAUAUUCAAAGAUUGAUGCUGACCCGAGUGAUGCGUGUUACGAUAAUGAGGGACUGGACGUCGUGAACGACUUGUAUGGAAAUAUAGAUACAAAUCACGAGAAAUCAAUUUGAUAUAAAAUAUUAUAUUACACAAAUCAGUCAAACUGGCCUUUCUGAUGAAGUUGCGCAGAAAACAAUUAACGAGUAAAAAGCGCGCUAAAUCAUGGGGCUGUUUUUAGUGGACGCUAUUUUUUCAAAAUGGCGGAAUGCUUAUGACAUCCUAUGAAAAUCAAACCGAAAGUCAAAGUAAAUGCGUUACUCGAUUCAAAAAGUUAACCUAUGAAACAAAAAAGAAUAAAAAGGCCAAUAAUUCAUCAUACUCGUUAUGAAUUUUUAGCGCAACUUCCACUAAUACGUUCUUAUAUUUUCUCUGCAAAAUCUUAGGUCCUGGACUAACGAGGAAACAUGUUUACCGCGCGCAUGUUUCCCCGAUUUUUAGUUUAGCCUGAUGCGAAACAUUGCUACGUGCAACAAAUAUAAUGUUGCUUCCAAGCCGAAACAAAACGUUUUUACAUUGACGUCAGUGAUCAGUCAUCGUUUUUUCUUUCAAAUUUUCCAAUCGUUUACCGAAAUAUCCCUUUAGUAGCACUAAAUGGAGUUCUGCUUGGUAAACUAUAAUCGAUACGUGACGUCUCUCAUAUAAAGUAUAUUCAAUGUUCUUUGGGGGAAAUAAUUAUUAUUGUAGCUGAUGUAGAGAUGUAGAUAACAUAGAUUUGCUAGCAAUGUACGUUCUUACAAGCCCUUUUUCACUUAAAACGGAAAAAAGGGGGAAAACACUGAUCUUGAUGACGGUGUGCAACUUUACGCGAACAUUCUUGUGAAAAAAGGCUAAUUUCUAAUGAUGUGUUUUAGUGAUAGUUUUUAAAAAUUCAUAUCAUAUAUUUUCGAAGAAAAUAAUAAUAUCAGUAUAAAUCUAUAUAUUGUCAAUGUUUGAAGAUAGCAAUAGCUCUUAAGAAAAAACACUACGAUAUCACAUAAAUAUUUGACAUAGAGACCGUCUCUAUAUCUAAAGAAAUAAGAUAUAUUUAUAUAAUUAUCGUUGGUCUUUAAAG